AUGUCAAGAUUAUUAAAAUCAUCAACAACAUCACAGUUGUCAAAAAGAUUAAUUAACCAAUCAAUUAAAAAUUUAAAAGUUGCAUUACCUGUAUUGCCAAUCUAUACAACACGUCAAUUUCAAACAUCAAUUCCAAUUUUAAAUAAGGCUGCGGAGUCAUCAUUAAAUGAAGUAAUUAAAACUGAAUUAAAAUAUAAUGAAGAAAUUCCAAAUGAAUUAGAUUCAAUGUACGAAGAUUACAUCAAAAGUCAAAAUUUCCAAGUUGUUUCAAAGCCAGGUCAAGCAAACAUCGAAUUAGUUAAAAAAUUAGAUAAUCAAACUAUUCACGUCUAUUUCGAUAUUGACGAAGUUACGGACAUACCUACGGAGGAUUUAGAAUUGAACCCAGAAGAAGGUGAUUUAGAAGAUGAAGUUUCAAAUCUUGAUCAAAUUUUAUGCAAUAUUAAAAUCUUAAUUGAGAAUGAAAAUAAUACCGGUUUGUUCUUUAAUUUGUUUUUACAAAAUACUGAAUCUAGUUUCAUGAUAGAUUAUAUUAAUAUUGAAAAUGAUGUCACUAAAUUUAAGAAAAUGGUCAAUGAAAAUAAUGAAUUUAUUGAUAAGUUUAAUUAUCAAGGUCCUAAAUUUAGUGAACUUGAUGAAUCAUUACAAACUGAAUUUGAAAAUUAUUUAAUUGCAAAGGGUGUUAAUAAUGAAUUGGCUGAUUUUAUAAUUGCAUUUAGUGAUUUUAAAGAAGAAAAUGAAUAUAGAAAUUGGUUAAGCUCAAUUCUGAAAUUUUUAGAGUAA